AAGGUCCUCCAGGAGGAAGGACAGAUGAUGCUCCAAAAGAAGAGAGAUGCCCCUGGGGUUUUCCAGCUGGCUUCUCUCUUGGUGGAGCUGGACAGCUCUGAUGAGACAUCCCAGAUCCUGUGUGCUGAUGCCCUGUACCAGAUGGGCCGUGGGGAAGAAGCCCACAAGAUGCUGUCACUGGCUCUCUCCAGAAACCCCCAGAGGGCUCCUGUGCUGGCCAGGCUGGCCCUGCUGCAGCUCAAGAGAGGCUUUGUGUACGAUGGCAACCAGCUGCUGAAGAGACUGAUCAGAAUUGGAGACUCCUCCUGCCUGCUGCCAAUCCUGGACAUUUUCCAGGACGAGGACCGCAGGCUGCUGCAGAGCCACUGCCGCUGGCGAGCCCUGGCCAUCCUGAAGGGCAGACAGGAGGCUGCUGCCAUCAGAGAGGCCAUUGCCCACCUGUCCUUCGCCAUCCUUGCUGCAGGUGGUUAUGCUGAGGAUUGCCUCCUCACCAGGGCCCGAUGCUACGGGCGCCUGGGGCAGAUGAAAACGGCCAUUUUUGAUUUUAACGCUGUCCUGAAGGAGGAGCCCAGCAAUGCACAAGCUCUGAGCGGCCGAGGGUUUGUUCACCUGGCUCUGAGGCAGCAGAAGGAGGCAGUGCAAGAUCUGAUCUCAGCACUGAAGGUGGAGGCAGGAGCAGUGAUCCCAGCAAUCCUGUCCUUGAAGCCUGAAACCCAAGGGUUGGUCACUGGGUGGCUCCUCCAGCAUGGCAGGGCCACUCUCACUGAGCUCAUGGCCACCAAAGACCUCCCAGGAGAAGAAAGCCUCGGGGACCUUCUCAUGGUGGCAAAAGCACUGACCAAAAUCUGCAGGAGUGCACAACAUCACAUCUUCUACACUGAUGUUUUGAUGGCAAAUGGAAGGCAGCAGGAGGCCCUCAGGCACCUGCAGGAAGCCUUUGGCCCCUGUCCUGCUGAGGACUCUGCCAGGGCUCGCCUGGCUGUGCUGCAGCUGCAGAGCAGGAACGUGGCAGCAGCAGCUGCCCCACUCAGUGUCCUGGCCCGGAGAGAUGAAAAGGACUUGGCCUUUCUCCUGAACUUUGUAGGCACCAAGCAACAGCAGCAUCUCGCUCAGGCAGCAGCCCAGGAAGGGAAGGAGCUGAUGAAAAGCCAUGACCACGAGCAGGCUCUGGGCUAUCUCAGCCUGGCUGUGCUGGCCAGCAGGGACAGCCCCCGGCACCUGCGGCGCAGAGCUGCCUGCCUGAUGCGCCUGAACAAAUAUGACAAGGCUCUGAAAGACAUGCAGAAAGUGACCCAGGGGCACGGCUGUAACAGCCCAAAAACACAGGCUGGGGAUCACUGCUGCCAGGGCUUCCUGCUGCUGGCCCUGGCUCAGGAGGAGGCAGCAGUGCAGCACUACAUGGAGGCCCUGCAGCUGGACGAGCCCCUGGCCCUGGGCACCAUCACUGCCUGCCCUGGCAGGGAAUCUUUAACCCAAACUUUUCACAAAAUUGCACAAUGUAACUUUGAAAAGCAGUGCUAUGAAGAGGCCUGGAAAAUCACAGACUAUGGGCUGAAAAUUGAUAAAAGUUCUGAGCUCCAGAAGCUGAAAGCAAGACUCAAAAGGGAGGCAUCGAGCUGUAGCAUACAUUGAUUUCUCUGUUUGGGGAUUUUCCAGUCUGAUUGCUUUCUGGUUUGUUUGGGAGGCUGCAAGAAUGAGGGAAAAAUGAGAAGAUCAUGAUAAAUAUGUAACAGACAUUACACUGAACAUGGGACAGCAAAAUUAGGAGUAGAAAGUUUGAGGCAGCAAAAAAAAACUGACCA